AUGUCCGGCCAGAACAACGACCAGCAGCAGUUCACGAUCCAGCCCCACCCGGCCACGACCAACGAUCCCGCCGACCUCGCCAGGCAGGGCGAGAGCGCCUUUGCGGGCGGCUCGAACGUCUUCAACACGCCCGGCCAGAACAUCCCCACGGCGCAGGUCGCGGCUGCGCUCGAGGACCCCAAGACCCGUGCCCAGCUCGCGGAGGAGGUCAAGAAGCUCAACUCCUAG